AUGUCGGAUUCCACUUCCCUCCAUGGGACGGGUCAACACCGCUCGGUGCGGGACCGAAUGUUUGAUAUCUUUCGGACUUCUUCCCCAACCAGUUUUUCAGCUAUCCCUGAGGCCAACCCACGAAACUUGCCGACAUAUACGACGGAAGAACCCGAUGCUAGAACUCGUCUACUGGAAUCAUACCAUGACGGGGAAGCUGUGUGCGGACAGAAGGUUUGUCGCCAUGGCACAUUCUCCCCGAGACCAGAGACACUACAUGGCGUCUUGGGAUUGAGCGCCGGAAGGACAGACCUUUCGGGUGGUUCCAGUGGGAACUGUAGUGGUGGACAUGGGCCAGACAACCUACGCUCGUUGGAGUCAUCGACAUCCGGAUUACCUGUGAAGAAUCGCAACGCACUUUACCUCUCGUAUUACAUCCCGUUUUUCAAUUGGAUUGGCCAGUACCAAUGGUCCUUCUUCCGAGGGGACCUCAUCUCUGCAUUGACUGUUGCAUCAAUCUAUAUUCCAAUGGCACUCUCCUUGUCCUCGAACCUCGCGCAUGCGCCGCCUAUCAAUGGUCUCUAUUCUUUCGUGAUCAACCCCUUCGUCUAUGCCGUCUUGGGAAGCAGCCCUUUGCUGGUCGUUGGCCCAGAAGCAGCAGGAUCAUUGCUCACCGGUACAAUUGUCAAGUCAAGUGUCCGGCAGGGAGAUUCGCAUGAGGAUAAUGGUGCUGAGAAUGCCAUGGUGGUGGGAGUAGCAACUGCCAUGGCAGGCUCAAUGAUCCUGAUUGCAGGACUGACUCGUUUGGGAUUUUUGGAUAACGUCCUCAGUCGGCCUUUCCUGAGAGGAUUCAUCACCGCCAUUGGCUUUGUUAUCUUCGUGGAUCAAUUGAUUCCGGAAGCUGGGUUGGCAGAGAUGGCGAAAGACGCCGGGGUCAGUCACGGCACCACUGUGGACAAGCUACUGUUUUUCUUUCGAAAUAUCAGGAACUGCCACCGCCUCACAGCCGCAAUGUCUUUCAGCAGCUUCGCCAUUAUAAUGGUCUUCCGAACGUUGAAAAAGAAACUGCAACCGCGCUACCCUCAGGUCGUUUACUUUCCAGAUCGCAUCUUGGUAGUCAUUCUUGCGGCGAUUCUGACGUGGCGUCUGGACUGGGAUGAGAAAGGGCUCGAAAUCCUGGGUCCCAUGAAAAAUACAGGAAAUGGCGUCUUUGCGUUCAAAUGGCCUUUCCAGUUCAGUCAUAUGAAGCACGUUCGCACGGCAAUGAGUACCUCUUUCAUUAUCGCGCUGCUUGGCUUCUUUGAGUCCUCUGUAGCCGCGAAGGGACUGGGUGAGAGCAGAAGCGACGGUGUUAAGGGUAUGACGGUCAGUCCCAACAGGGAGAUGGUGGCUCUCGGCGUGGCCAAUGUCGUUGGGGGGUGCUUCAUGGCCCUACCUGCGUUUGGUGGGUACGGAAGAAGCAAGGUCAAUGCUUCCACUGGAGCUCGAAGCCCCAUGAGCAGUAUCUUUCUGAGUAUCAUUACUCUGGUCUGCAUUCUAGUCCUGCUCCCUUAUCUAUACUAUCUUCCGAAAGCGGUCCUUUCAGCGAUGAUCUCUGUUGUCGCCUUUUCGCUGAUUGAGGAAUGUCCGCAUGAUUUGGCAUUCUUCAUUCGUCUACGCGGUUGGACUGAAUUGGCCUUGAUGCUUCUCAUCUUCGCCUCAACGAUAUUUUAUUCACUCGAGUUGGGUAUCGCGCUUGGAAUCGGGCUUUCCGUCCUGAUAUUGAUUCGGCACUCGACUCAGUCGCGCAUUCAAAUUCUCGGGAAGAUACCGGAUACGGGUCGAUUCGACAAUGCCGAGCUCCAUCCCGAGAAUGUCCAACUGAUCGAGGGCGCCCUUAUCGUCAAAAUUCCCGAGCCUCUCACUUUUGCCAAUACUGGCGACCUUAAGAAUCGCCUACGCCGUUUGGAACUAUAUGGUUCGAGCAGAGUGCAUCCAUCCUUCCCUCGGAUGCGCUCUCCAGAGAACAAUAAGAAUAUCAUCUUCGAUGUCCAUGGUGUCACUAGCAUUGACGGGUCUGGCACCCAGGUUCUUUUCGAGAUAGUGAAAGGAUAUGUGGACCAGGGGACGCGAGUGUUCUUCUGCCGUCUUCCCAAUCGCGACGUCUUUCGAAUGUUCGAACGAAGCGGUAUUGUGGAACAAUGCGGAGGAAUGACUCAUUUCGUUCCCAGUGUGGAUGAAGCGCUCAAACUCGCCGAAUCAGAAGAGCAGACGGCCGAAAGCUGA